AUGUCGCUUGUCCGAUGCAGUAAUGUAAUUCACCCCAUAGAUCGUGCUGAAAUGCCAGUCUCGGAAAUUCACAAAGAAAUACAAUCAUUGGAUCAGUCUGUCAGCUAUCGCAGUGCUCGACGGUUUCUGCAGGAACAUUACUCGUCCAUGCUCCUGCCCAAAAGGCAAAGUUUUCGUGCACUUCCUACUAUCAGGUGCAUCAUCGACGAUAGCUAUCCGACUGACUCCUCUGUUACAGUGUCACACAUUUUGAAACGCCUCAAAGAGCGCAACAUUUCAAUUAGUGCUUCGCAGACUGGACAGCAAGAAAUUUUGCGAAAUUCUCAAACGCAGCUAUGUGCCGUUAGCACCAAUAUUUUCAAUGUUUAUGGAGUACCAGUGCAAGACAACGCACCCGCACACAAAUUUCUGCAUACGACUGCGCGAAUGAAGGAAAUGAAAAUUAGGCUGAUGGAGUGGCCUCCGAUAUCUCCGGAUAUAAACCCAAUUGAGCUUGUUUGGGAAAGCAUGAAAAGUCGUUCGUCAGGUGCCAUUAGUUCGGUGAAAUUCCAGCAAAACUCACGCAAUAGAAGAGUUACGCGAAGCAACAGCUCAGUUCUGGAGCACACUCACUCCAGAAAUGUGCAGGAUUUGUAUCAGGAUACGAAAAAAACUUCACCGCAUGGUCAAGAGGGAAGGCAAGAACAUUUAUGA